AAAAAAAUUAAAAUCUACGAAAUACUGAUACCUUCGCACAUAAAAAAAAAAACUGUAUUUUCAAUUACUAUGACAUACAACUUUGCCACAAGCAUCAUUUCACAAAUCUGUUUUAAAUCCUAUAAAAUUCGUUUUAAAAACAACAAAACCAGAGAACGUAUAUUUUCUGCUUUUCGACGACCGAUCAACACGACUGCCGAACGACCAAAAAACCGCGCAAGAAAAAUCAACGACGACAGUCAACGAAAAUUUUCACAAAACAUAACGGGCAGUCAGGAGAGUUUUAAAAACAUUUGAGACACGGCAGAAGAAGCAGAAACUGAGUAAGCAGUGAAUUUUGACUCGAAGCAAUUUACAGAGGUCGCCGAAAAUAAGUAGAAGCUAAGAUGCAAACAGCCGCCGAUAUGCCCAUAGAAAUGACAAAUAAAGAAACAGAGCAAACAACCAAGCUGCCAACGCCGAUAAGUGGCACGAUUAUUUCCACCAAUGGACUCAAAAUCACAUCCAAGUUGAAUCCGGACGCCAAGGAAUUCUAUCCCUCAUAUUUAUUGCGACAGAAAAUUAUGCGAGAAAUUGGCGAUGUCGGUGGCGGUAGUGCGCUGACGCAACCGUUACAACUGACACACAAUGCAAAUGUUUUGAAGGUUAUAAAAGUCGACGGUAUAACGGGAUCAAAUCCAAUAGGGGCAGAGGUGAAUGCGCUGAAGGAAAAAAUAGACGAUGUCAAAGCAAAAGAAGCCGAUGCAAAACAAGUUGUGGACGAAAUAAAAGCGCAGAACGUGAUAGAGCCCGUCAAAGUCAACAGUGACAAUGGCAGAGGCCUGGAUGAGGAAUUAAAAGAAGAAUUGAAGAAGCAAAAGGAAGCAGACGUAUUAGCUACCAAAGUUAUAGUUCCGCAGUUGAACUUGGAUACCGGAAAAACAACGAAGCAAGUGGAAGAAGACGUAAGAGGCUCUGAAGAGGACAGCACAGACUUUGAGGAUGCCGAGGGAGAACCGAUGAUGCAGCCAGUAAGCACACAGGCGAAUAAAUUGCAACCAAACCAAUUGGAAUUGAAUAAUGCUGAGACAAAAGCGGUCUGUGACGAAGAAGAGUCACGGAUUGUACGCAACAACAGUGAGCUUGGCGAGAACGUAAGUGAUGAAGAGAAUCGCGAGCAAUACUCCGAUCAGAGCUCCAAUGAAACACUCAACGAAUUCAAGUGUAAAGAAGACACCGAAUCCGUUGAAGUUAGUGAGCUGAGCGAAGAGAAUGAACUAGCCGAAGAAGAGGCUUCGCAUGAAUUACCACAAAUCCUCGAGGAAAUAAAAGAGUUCAACAGUUUGUGCGGUGAUGGUGAUGGCGAUGUGGAAUGCGAAGCAGAUGGUAUAUGUGAAUGUGGUGGCAUAGGUGAUGGUGAUGGUGAUGUGGCGCCAGAGCAUAAUACACAGCAACAACAACAACAACUAAGCGACAAACCAACAAAUGAAACGGAUAUUGAUAUAGCAACAGGUGGCAGCACCGAAACGCCACCGGAAACACCAAAUGAGGUGUGUAAGAGCCCGGCUGGUAAGUCACGCCUCGGCAAGGUUAAGCUGCUCAAGGAGAAGGAGGAUAAAAAGAAGACUGAGAAGCGCACCACAUUACGCAAACUGGCCAGCAUUAGUUUGAGCUUGCGCGGCAAGAAUAGCGCACAUCACAGCGAGAAGACGUCGACACGCAGCAGCUCUUCGGUAAUGACACGCACCAAGCGCCUCUCGGAGAGUCUACACAAUCUCACCAUGGGUCACAAGCCGAAGACGGAUAGCAAGAAGACAGAGGUUAGCAGCCGCCUAUUACCACGCAGCGCCACCAAUAUACCACGACCACCAACAGCACGCGCACGCACGACCCUUAGCCGGGCAACAACCGAGUCCAAUGGCAUGAACUACAAAGCGCCGAAGAUGCGCAUAACCAGCAGCGUCUCAACUGCUAACCAUAGCGGCGCGAAAGAUACCACCUCACUCAAAUCUGUGAGCUCAACGGAGCAAAGUUUAGCUGUAAAAACCACCACACACCCGGCCAAGAAGUCGCUCGUCAGCAAAUCGUCAAAUGCCGCGCUCGAGAAGUCCGGCAUACCCACUGUCACAGCGACCAAAUCCAAGGAUUCGGUAGGCAAAGUACGUCCACGUGGCACACACGCCUCCACUUUGCGUCAAAACGAGGCGCAAAAGCGUCGUAAUCUAUUUCCGAACGAUGAUGUCGAAUCGAAUAUUGAAUUGUCACAAUUUUUGUUUAAGUAACGUAUCUUUUAAAAUAUGAAAAAACAUAUAUAUUUUUUUAAUUAAACAAUUGCUAAAUGGAAAACCCAAGACAAGUGAAUUGUUGCGCUGUAUUUUGGAGAGGCCAAGCCUUAAGCUUAUUUUGUUUGCUGUUUUUGUUGUUGUAAAUAUAAAGCAAGCAUCAGUGCCAAAGCAAUGAAUGAUAAAUGUAAACUAUUGAAAAUAUAUCUGUAAAUUGUAAUAAAUACUGGUACAUAUUUUAACAACAACAAAAGUCGGAGAUAUCUGGAAGAAUUUUUUGAAUUUUAUAAUUUCUUUAGGAAAAGUAAGUGCAAAAAUUUUCAAAUUUUUACUUAUAUUCCUUUAUU